CAGAUAUAGCGAAUGCAGGGUCCAGGGAGACCGGAUAUAGUGAGUGCAGGGUCUGGGGAGACCAGAUAUAGUGAGUGCAGGGUCCGGGGAGACCAGAUAUAGUGAAUGCAGGGUCCGGGGAGACCGGAUAUCGUGAAUGCAGGGGCCGGGGAGACCAGAUAUAGUGAAGGCAGGGUCUUGGGAGACCAGAUAUAGUGAAUGCAGGGGUCCGGGGAGACCAGAUAUAGUGAAUGCAGGGUCCGGGGAGACCAGAUAUAGUGAAUGCAGGGUCCGGGGAGACCAGAUAUAGUGAAUGCAGGGUCCGGGGAGACCAGAUAUAGUGAAUGCAGGGUCCGGGGAGA